GCGUACCAUGUGCCUUAAAGUGGUUAAGCGUACUUCCCUCGUUUUAAAAAUAUCAAGUGAUUUUGUGUAUAAAUAAUACAAAGUGAAACAACGAUCACCCAAAAAAAAACCCAUCAGUUUCUACGCUGAUUUCCGCCUUUCCACCGCACAAAGCGAGGCGGAAAUCUUUCAGUGCCACCAGAGUUCGAGUGAAAAGCAAAACAGUGUCACGCGGACGAGUGAGUGUAUGUGCGUGAGUGUAAGAAAGGGUUGAAAAGAAGACAACUUCUAGAAGUGGUAGUUUCUAAUUAGAGCAUUUUGAAGUGGCAUUACUGCAGUUCGGUGAGAGUGGUGAAUAAAGUGAAACGACCCAUUGUGUGACUGUGGUGGGCUGAUAUUGUGAUCUUGAGUGUAAACGUAUAUGUGUGCAGUGCUUCGGCGGCGAGAAGCUGCAUGGUCGUAACAUAAACACAACGACCGCUUUUCCCCAAAAAAAUACCCCUUCCGAGUGUUCAUUUCGUUGCUGCACGUUACACAGCCGGCACGCAUCCGGCACCACCAUCCGGACACCUCAUGGAUCGAGUUAGGUUGGGCCGUCCACCGGCAACGGUCAGCAGCAGCGGAGGAUGGCGCACGGGACGACUGAUGGCACUAACGGUGCUAUUUGUUCUCGGCACGAUCUGCAUCGGUCAGGCCACGGGUCAGGACACGGAGUUCGCACCGCACGUCACGGCAACCUGCAAGUCGGGCACGAUGAACAUCAAGAUACUGUUCGCGGGCCCAUACAACGGUGUGGUGCACGCGCGGGACUUUCGGACACCGGCCUGCAUGACCUUCGGUAACGGCACGGCGUCGCUCGGGCUCAGCCUCAACCUGCUCGCCAAGUCCGGCAACAGCGAGUACUGUGGCAUUCUCGUCAGCAACGUGAGUGGUGGUGAUCGCACGGAAGAACGUUCGGUGCAGCUGGCCGUCCGAGUGCACAAAACGCUGGAGCUGGCGGACGACAAAUUCUACGUUAUCACUUGUGGCAAAACAGGAUUCGCAAGAGACGACAGCGGUGCGGUGGCCCUCAAGUUCCUGGACAGCACGGGCCGGCGCGUGCGGGAAACGGUCUACAACCGGGAGUACACCAUCAAGGCGGAAGUUACCAACCCGAACGGGACGUACGGGAUACGCGUGAAGAACUGCUUCGCCUUCAACAAGAAGAACAUGUCCGUGGCGCUGAUUGACGAUCGCGGCUGUCCGCUGAAGAACGACACGAUGACGCGGUUCCGGACGAGUGCCGAUGGUACGAGCGCCACCGCCCAGAUCAUGUCGAUGUUCAAGUUUUCCGAAGGCUCCGAGGUGCACUUCCAGUGCGACGUGGUCCAGUGCAACGGCCGGUGUCCCGAGCUAGACGAGGCGAUCUGUACCGGGGACGCGAACGCAUUCGUCAAGUCGGCCCGCGCUCUCGGCCAGAUGGACGACGGAAUGCUGCUGGCGGCGACGACCGUUUUCGUGAUCGAUCCUGCCUUCGCACCGGUAAUCUCCGCGAUCUGCGAUGACACUGGGAUCCGUCCGCACUGGCUGCUUUGGCUAACGAUCGCGCUCGGCGUACUGUUCCUGAUCAUGCUGCUGAUGAACAUCUUCCUCUGCACGGCCAUGAGCUGCAGCUGUGCGCAGACUGAGAUCAUCGAGAAGGAACCGUCGAUCAUCGAAGAGUACGAUCCGUACCGAAGUUGGCACGGGUCGCAGUACGGCUCCCGGUACUCGCUGCACGGUGGGCGCGAGGGCGGCCACAACAAGGGCUACACGAGCGGUGGCAGCACGAUUCACUCGAACCGAUCGCUGCCGAUCGAUUCGGACCAUUACGCGAUCGUGCACAGCCGGCCCGGUUCCCGGCACUCCGGACUGCACGGACAUCGGCCGCGCGGCCCACCGAGCAAUAUGUAAAAGCUGCGACCACAACCGGCACAUUGCUGCUAGAUUUUUUACACCUCCAUCCCAUUUCGCGUCCCCUAAGCGAGCACGAAGAUCGAUUGGUUGAGUAAUGAUGUGCGGGGGAGGGAGGUUACACCGAGCACUGCAUCGCACAAAUGCGCACAACAGCAAACUUGUACAUAACCCAACGGUGCUGUGUGUGUGCCUGUGUUACAUGCAGUAUAAUGGUUGGGUGAAUCUAUACCGAACUCUCGUCACCGAUCCUUGGAAGUGUCUGCGGACAUGAUCGAUCAUCAUCACACGUCCAACAGGAAAGCGAAAACAAACAUUACAAACGAAAGAUUUCAUUUGCACAGCGCGGUCUAUUCAACUAUUUAGCAUACACAAGGUAGCGCACGUUCAUCCAUCCUUUGCAUUCCGCAAAAGUGAUCGGUUUCUAUCGCAGGAUAGGAUUUGCUGGGAGUUGAGUCUUUACAUCCCCUAAUACUGGUAGAGUGUUAUCGCUCUCUUCCCUUUUAUGUACCGAUGAAUUUGGGCCAGCCCGAAGACUGACAAAUGCCAUGUAAAAGUACGUCUUUCUGCUGGGCUGUUGCGGUAGCAACGCAUUACGGAAAACAAAAUUCACCUAAUUAAGUUCAGUAAGCGAACGAGUUAAACACAGAUAUAGACCGAUGCACAGGGAGGAGGGAGGGCUGCCGUUGAUAUAAUUACCACUACGAUAGGGAACGUUCACAAUGCAGCAAAUGAUAGGCAGGAUGCAUAAUUUCAUUACUAUUCGUGACCGCAACACAUCCGGCGUAGAUCAGAGUUGUAAAAGAGUACUUUAAUAUACCAUAGGUCUACUAAACUAGUAAAACUAGCCGUAAAACUAGAAUCAACCAGGCAGCUCUGGAAUGCUUUGGUCCCCAUAAGCAAACACCCCGUAAGCAUAGGAAUUGGAGUGAAUCGAACGGAAGUAGAUUAAUAAAGUUAACAAUCAAGCAAGUACAUUUAAUUCAUCAGUACAGGAACACGAACAGAAUUGGAAAGGAAAACGACAAGAGGAAGAAAAAAGAGGACAGGAAUUUGCUUUUAAAGUUGUAAAUUUUUGCAUAAGUGAGAAUAGUUAAUAAAAGUACAUACUAAUUCGAUAAACAAAA